AUGGAGGAACUGAUACAAAAGAAACUAUUAAUACUGAAUCAAACCUAUGUCCAAUCGCCGCCAAGCGUAGAAAAGGAGUCCAACAAGUCGUCAGAUGAUGAGCACAUUCUUACGCACACUGACAACAGUCAUAAAUCCCAGUACAAGACAACACACCAACAACAGACUGCUGAAACAUCUUUCUUUGAGUCUUUGAGCCAAGACGUUGAGCCACUGCCGUUCUUUCCACUAGCACCGCAGAGUUUUCGGGGAGGGAGCAGAGACGUCGCACCCGGCGCCUAUGCCACAGGAGGACCACUAGCUCAUCAGGUCGCACCAGGGACGAUACCACGUGCCGAUGAUGGAAACGAGCGAGGAGGGGCAUUGACAUCCGAAGAUAGUAAUCUUCAUCAUGCUGAGCCAGUGGAGGAAUUGGACUUUGAACAGAUUCCUACGGCUCAGCCGAUGAUACAAAAUUCCAAAAGUUGGUGGAAGAGAAAACUGUUCUGGUCACUCUCCACAGAAGCACUGGUGGCAAUACUCAUUGUUCUGGCGAUAACUAUUGGGGUUGCUGUCAAAAACCAUGGACACAAUAGAAAAAUCCACCUCAAGCAGAAGCAGGGCACUAUUAUCAAAAUUCCCAGAAUUCCAGCGGCCACAAACCCGCCCCCAAGCUUGUUCGGGGGGCUCAAUCUAUCUGACUACACUCUGGAGGCACUCACCGACCCAAGUUCUCCACAAUCAAAGGCCUUUGAAUGGCUGGUGGAAGGCAACAUGGGUCUUCCAAACUGGAGACUAGUUCAGCGAUUUGCCCUGGCUACUUUCUUCUGUUCAACCAGAGGAGACCGUUGGGUGAACCAUCAUGGUUGGAUGGACUGGCAAACACAUGAGUGUGACUGGGAGCAGCAUUUCUUGGAUCCUGAAGAUUUAUCGUUGCAUCAGUGUGACACUUCAGGACAAGUUAUCUCUCUGUCCAUAGUUGCCAGCAAUUUGGCAGGAACACUUCCAACAGAAAUUUCACUUCUCAGCCCAAGUCUACAACUUCUGGAUCUCUCAAAAAACAUGGGGCUUACUGGGCAGAUACCAUCUGAGAUUGGGUUGUUGACAAGGCUGACAUCAUUGCAAACACAUGUCACAAGCCUUUCAGGUAGAUUGCCAACUGAGCUAGGAAUGUUGGAAAACUUGAAUGUUGCAUUCCUGGGUGCCGACAAAAUCUCAGGGAGUGUUCCAUCGGAAUUAGGGCUUCUAACAAAGCUAACAAGUAUCUUCUUUUCUAGUAUGGGACUUUCAGGCUCCCUUCCUGCAGAACUGUUUCAGUUAACAAACCUAGAAAAUUUUGGGAUGGAUUCUUGUCAUGGGAUAGAUUCGAAGUCAGUGUUCCUAGCUGUCACAAGCCAAAUGAGUUGGCUAAGAAGUCUGAUAAUGGUUGGCGGUGAAAGGGCAUCUAUUUCACUCUCAAGUGAAAUUGGCCAGCUUACUAAGUUGGAAAACUUUAUGAUGGAGGGCUGGAAUAUGGGCAAUUCCUGCAUUCCCAGUGAAAUUGGAAAACUCUCAAGGCUGACACACCUAGCAAUUGAACAGACUUCCCUGGCAGGGUCUCUCCCAUCAGAGAUAUCGUUGCUCUCGGACUUGUGGCGGUUGGUUCUAUCGUCCAACCGAAUGACAGGAAUCCUGACCCCAGAAUUGUUUCACAAUCUCAGAGGUUUGAAAAAGUUGGAUAUGAGUGGCAAUCCGGUCUUUGGUUCUGUAGUCACAGAAGUUGGCUUACUCUCUGACCUCAAAGGUCUAGGGCUUCAAGAUACCUGGCUUUCUGGGACACUCCCGACAGAAUUACUGGCCUUGUCCAAGUUGACAAAACUGACCGUUGCUAACAGUUCCCUCUCUGGCAGUAUUCCUGAUGGUCUCUGCCAUAUCUUGUACCGUUAUGAGCUGGCAUGUCAUAGCUCCAGUGUUUGUUAUCCCAAGAAGACAAACACCUCUGUCUGCCAGGGAACUGCCUUGUGUGGAUGCAGCUGUUGA